AUGGAAGUUACAACCGAAAACACUAAUGGUGUUGUAACACCAUUAGACGAAUUAAAUAUCGAAAUUAAAAAAAAAGACCAAUUAGUAGAAUGUUUUUAUAAUAUUGCAUCUAUGGAUAAUGAAAUUCGUAUCGAAUCAAUUUCAACAUUAGUAGAAACUCUCCAAGAUAUUCAAAAAUCAUUUAAACCAGAGGAUCAUAAAGAUAUUUCUAGAAUUGUUUCAAAAGUUGUCGAAAAAACAGAAAUUUUUAAUGCCAAGUUUUCACCAGAAUUAAAUUAUUCAUUAAAAAGAUUAGUUGUAGGUUUAGCAUCAACAAGAGAUUCAGCACGUAUUGGUUUUUCAUUAGCUUUAUCAGAAAUUUUACACACUUUCAAACAAAUUGAAUUACCAUGGUUCUUUGAUUUCUUAGCAUAUCAUAUGGAUCUCAGUGGUAAGAAUUUAACAGAAAAAGAAUCACAUUUUGGUCGUCUCUUUGGUAUGAUGGCCAUUAUUAAAAGUUCAAGACUCGAAGGUUUACCAAUUAUUCAAACCCAACCAUCAAAAUCAAUCAAUUACAAUUUUAACCACCCAAUCUCCGAAAAUAUAAUAGAAUGUAUUGUUGAACAACUUUUAUAUAUCUCAAAAAAGAAAAGCAUCUACUCUGAAUUAUCCUUUGAAAUUUUAUCAUCACUUUUAGAUCAAAUGAGCAAUCCAAAUUUUGAUAAAUUAUGGCCAUUCAUUAAACCAAUUAUUCCACAAUCUCACAACGAUUACUCACCAGAUGUUUUAUCAUUAUUAUUAUUAAUUACAAAUAAGUUUAAGAAAUUUAACCUCAUGAAGCAAACCAGUGGUUGGAAACAUUCAAGUAUUUUAAAUCUUUCAAAUUUACCAUUAUUAAAGAAUGCUUAUUCAGAAUCAUGUAAAUCAUACCCAAGAGUUCAUAAAAUAUGGAGAAUUUCAUUUGAAAUUUUAUUAGCUGAUCACUCCGAUAAUGCAACCCUUGUAGAGUUUUGGAAUAUUAUGGUUGAAAAUAAUUUAUUUAAAUCAUCAUCAAAUAAAAAAUAUUUAGGUUUACAAUUAUUCGAAAUGUUAUUACCAUUAGUUCACCCAGAUAUUAUCAGUAAUGUUUUCACUAAUAAUAUAAUUUUAAAUUUAGGAGAAUCGUUAAAACCAACUAGCCCACUUCAUGAGGUUGGUACUUUAGCAUUCCAAUGUAUUCCAAAGACUGCAGAGGUUUCAAAUCAACACCGUUUAUCAUUAAUCCUUUUCUUUUCAUCAAAUCCACACCAACAACAAUUUGAAGCUUCAGUAUCAGUAGAUGUUAUCAAUGAAUUAAUUGGCGAAUUAGACGAAGAUUCCAUUAAAGUUUAUUUAGAAUCAUUAUAUAAAAACUUUGUUGAACCAAAGAAAUCUCAAGAACAACAAUCCGAUUCAGCCACAAAUGGUUCUUCCACUGAUGCUGAUCAAGAUGAUGUUGCUAUGGAUGAAGUUUCAAAUGAAGAAAGACAAGAGAAAUUUAUCGAAUCAUCUAGACUUUGGGUAUUAGGUCAAUUUGGUCAUAUUAUUAAAGAUCUCAUUAAAAGACCAAUUGAAAAGAUCGUUUCUUUAGAAUCAACUUUAUUAGAAUUAUUACAAUUCCUUUAUUUCAAUUCAUAUUAUUUACCAACUAAUGAAGAGGUACCAGCCAAAGGCAAAGGCAAACAACCAAAAGCUCAACAAAAAUCAUUCAUCGAUAAACUUUAUUCAACUAAACCAGUUCCAGAACUUUCCCAAUCUGUAAGAGAUCAAUGUUUUGUUAGAUUCUGCUCAGUUUUAGAAGAGCUUAGCUACAUCACUCUCGAGCCAACAAAAGAAGGUCAAGUUUCAUAUGAAGGUACUAUGAGCGAUGGUCAAUUUUGGGCUACUAAAUUAGCUUUCUUCCAAUAUGAAUUAUUAAAGAAGAUCGGUGAUGCUACAAAACCACAAUUAUCAACAUUUAUUCCAAUGGGAAAUAAACCAGUCGAUAAAAUUAUGAAGGUUGUUCAAUCAAUUCAAUCUAAACAAGCCGCCUUAGAAAAUAAAAUUAAUCAAUUAGUUGGUUUUGAAUUAUUAUUCGUCCACGUUUCACUUCAAUAUCUUUCAGACCCAACCGAAAUCUCUGAUAUCAUUGAUGAUUUAACCUCUGCUUUUGAAGAUCUCACCAAUCCAAAGAAGAAACCAGUUUCCACCAAAAAGAGAUCCACCCCAGAUGAUGAAAAGCCACUUCCAUUCAUGGUCCUUUUAGAUGUAUUAAUCUCUUUAUUAGAUAACCCAGUUCAUAUCCUCAGAACUGUUAUCAAACAAAUCUUUACAAUUUUCACAGAUAAUAUUUCAUUCCAAGUUUUAGAACAUAUCUUAACAAUGAUUAAAGCUCCAACAGAAGAAUUAUUCAAUGGUUUAGAUGGUGGUGAAGAAGGUGAAGAAGAUGAUGACGAGUUCCAACCAAUUUCAACAGAAGAAUUAGAACAAUCAAAAGCUAAACUUGCUAAACAAGAAGAGUCUGAUGAUGAUGAAGAAGAAGAAGAAGAGGAAGAAGAAGAAGAAGAGGAAGAGGAAGAAAUCGAAGAAUCUGACGACGAUGAUGAUGAUGAUAAUGCAGUUAACCCAGAAUUAGUUGCAAGAUUAAAGAAAACAAUGGGCCACCAUUUAUUAUUUGACGAUGAUGAGGAAGAAGAUUUAUUAGAACCAACUGAAAACGAAGCUAGAUUAAUCGAUAAUUACCUUAAAGAAGUUUUCAAAAAUAAAAAAGAUAAAAAGAGCAAUUAUCAAGAUAUCAAAACCCAAACUAUCAAUUUGAAAUCACGUUUAAUUGAUCUCCUCGAAACUUAUGUAAAGAAAUUCACUGAUAAUCCAAACCCAUACAUCUUCAAGAUGAUUCCAUUAAUGAUUGAUGCCACUACCUUUGACGAACCAUCCAUUUCAAAUAGAUUCAUCAGUAUGUUCAAAAACAAAUAUUCCCAAAUUCGUUCAACUAAUGACAAAACUGUUAAAGCUUCAGAGUUAAAUGAAUUAUUGCCACAAUUAUUUGAUAAUGUUAUUGGUGCAAAACAAACAACCGCUAAAAAGGGUGAAAAAGUAGAAAAAGAACCAAUUAAUCCAUCUGCUUUAAUUUUAUCAGGUCAUGCUAUUUAUAUGAUAAUUAGAGUUUUACUUUCAAUGAAGCAAACCACCGAAGCUGCCCCUGCUGCUACUCCAAAGAAAGGCACUAAAACUGCUGCCACUAAAAAAGCUGCUGCUGUUGUCCCAUCAACUGAAUAUGGUUCAUUAGAUUUAGCUUUAUUCACCUCCAAAUUUGAUCAAAUCAUCGAAAGUUUAUUAGAUCGUACCAACGUUGCACCAACUAGAUUCUUUACCGAAUUUUCUCAAAGAUUCCCAACCAUUAUUUGGACCUCAAUUAAAAAGAUUGUUUCAAUUUUAUCAACUACACAAGGUGAUUAUAAUUAUAAAAAGAUUUUAGACGUCCUUGCAAACAUCAUCAAGAGAAAAGAUUCAUAUGGUACCAAUGGUAAAAAUCUUAAAGAAAACUCAUCAUUAAUCAUUUCAACUUUACUCCAAUCACUCUCUGACCAAUCAAAGAAAUUAAAACCAACUUCAGUAUUUGAUAUCUUAAAUUUAAUUAGUUUAAUUGUUCAAAAUAAUACCACUUUAGAAAAUAAUGAUGUUAGAGUUGUUCUUGGUUCAGCCACAUUAAAAUCACUCGACAAAACUCUUUUCGAAUGUUACAAAACUCACAACAAACAAAAUAUUAAAGAUUCAAUCAAGAGAGUACUCAGAUUAUUAAAGAUGGAAGAUGAAAGCCAAGUAUUUGAAAUGGAAAAGAAAAAUAAAUCAGAAAAACAACAAAAGAAGGAGGUUCAACAUAAAGAAAAACUUGAAAAUAGAGAAAAAGAAAGAAAAGAAAUGCAAGAAAAAAUUAAUAAAUCUAAAGAAGAACGUAAACUUAAUAAAUCCACAGAUUCCAAAGUUGAUAAUAAAAAUAAGAGUAGACCAAAGAAGAAGGCUGAGGAUUCAAUGGAGGUUGUCGAAGAUUUAGAUGAAAUUGAAGAAAAACCAAAACAAUUACCAAAAUCAAAUAAAAAAGAUACUAAAUCCCCACAAAAAGAUAUUACACCAAAGAAACAAGUUAAAUCAAGCGAUAAUUCACAACCCGCUAAAAAAAAACAAAAAAAAUAA